AUGGAGAAGAGUUUCAUCUCGGAACAAUCUUCUUCUCUCCCUUUAUUUGCUCUGUUCAACUUGUUACUCAUCGGAUUUUGCAGAUGGGUUUCGUCUGCUCGCAUCUUCUUAUCCAGAUUCUUCCUUCUACAUCAUCGCCACCAACGUGUUUCAGACAAAAACAACAAAGGUCUCGAGUUCUCAGACGAAAAACAGAGUCUAAUCAAACACGUAGAACAAGAAGAAGUAAAAGAUAAUGAUGAUUAUCUCUCCAGAGAAGACGCAGAGACGGUUAUGAGAAGCUUAGGGCUUUUUCCGGACAGAGAAAGCGACGAGCUUCAAGAGCGAUACAGUUCCAAAGAGAUCUCGAGUUUGUUCGAAGAGAAAGAAGCGAGUUUGGAGGAAGUGAAGCAAGCUUUUGACGUGUUUGAUGAAAACAGAGAUGGCUUCAUCGAUGCUACAGAGUUACAGAGAGUUUUGACGAGCUUAGGUUUCAAAGAAGGAUCUUACCUGGAGAAUUGCUCGAAAAGCGCGGGAACUGGUUCCGACUUCACCUCCGGGACAAAGCGGACAACGGGUGGCGCCAAAACGCUGACUUUCGGUAUCCAAGAGAAACGCGUUGACGAAAAAGCGUGUUGCUCAGAGAUUCUUCCGUCUCGAUUCGAGUCCGAGAUCGCCGAGCGACGACCCUCGCCGGAAUCUGAUAUUUGGCAUAGAAGCUUCUCAGGUAAAGCUGAAAGAGCUAAGAUGAGUGUAAACAGAGCCAAGGGUUUAAGGCUUCCAUUGAUGAAUCUCGUUAGGCUUAAAGGCACACCGAUUCUGGAGCAGCUGCAUUUGGAAGAAAGACUUCUCAGAACAUCUUCUGAUAAUUGGUGCAUCGUUAAUGAUGGAACCAAUGUCCCUACCAUUGUCAUGGGAAUGUCUGGGAAGCCUUGUCAACUUCUUGAGCUUAGACCUGUGAUAGAGGAUCGAAUACCGGUGAUCAAAAGAUUCACGGGAGGAGGAACGGUGAUUGUGGACAAGAGUACCGUGUUUGUGAGUUUGAUUUGCAACAAGGACGAUGUUCCAAAUGUCCAGCCUUAUCCUCGUUCUGUCAUGGCAUGGAGUGGUGCCUUGUAUGGUGAAGUGUUUAAGGGUAUUAAUGGUUUCCAACUACGUGAGAACGAUUACGUUUUUGGUGAUCGGAAAUUUGGUGGAAAUGCUCAGUCGAUAAUUAGGAAUAGAUGGAUACACCAUACGUCAUUUCUAUGGGACUACGAUGUGAGAAACAUGGCUUACCUUAAGCUUCCUUCGAGAGUGCCACAGUACCGGUUGGAAAGAGAUCACACAGAUUUCGUGUGUAAAAUGAAGGAUUACAUUGAAAGAUCGGAUUUUGUUGAGAAGACAGUAAUGGCUGUGGGAAACCAAUUCACUUUGAAGCAAGUGAACCUUGAGGAUAUCGAUUCCUACGUAAAAGGAGAAUCUUUGAAGAGCACGAGGCUUCUUACAAUGGAGGAACUCGAAGAAGCAAUGGCAGGCACAACUCAGAAUGCUAGUUAA